AUGGCCAAAGCCGAUAUCUCGGUUGACAGUUGCGACGUGUUGAAUGCAGUCAUUGAGCAAGAUCCGAAACACUUUGGUGAGGCGAUGAAGAGUAAACAUCACAACCAAUCGCAAGUGGCCAUGACCGAAGAACUGGACGCGCUCAAGGCAAAUGACACCGACGCGAACGGGGACAUCGAGCGGUACAAAGAUCGAUUGGUGGUUUGUGGAAACGAAAAAGUGUUCGGAGUGGACUAUACCCUCACGUUCGCAGCGGUCAUAGACUUGGGAAGGGUAAGGCUGAUCCUGGUGCCAUUGAGACGCUGGAAGGUACCGGCGCGCCACGAUGAUGUACCCAAUGCGUACGUCAAUGCUGAAAAGGAGGAGCACCUGGAUAUCUACAUGAAGGUGCCGAAGGGGAUGACAGUGAAGGAGAAAGAGAUAAAGGACCUGAACGCAAAGACUCCAAAUGACCUAGCGUUGCUGUUGAAGAAGUCGUUAUAUGGACUAAAACAGGCUGGGCGGCUGUGGAGCAAACUGCUUUACUCCAAGCUACAACAAAGCGGGUAUCAGCAAUGUACCACGGACAUGUGCCUAUAUUUCAAGUAUAAGGGCAAGACAUGCACGGUGGUCGGCGUCUACGAGGACGAUCUGUUGGUCGCGGGCACCGAACAGAGCGCUGUAUACGACUUCUUAGAAGACAUGACCUCACUAUCGAUCAAGGAUUUGGGGAUUGUAAACAAAUUCCUCGGGCUACGAAAUGAGCUCGACAACUCGAACGGCUAUGUUCUGGAUCAAGAACCGACUAUCGACUUGCUGUUAAAGGACUUCGGGAUGGAGUCGUGCAAUGGGGUUCGCACCCCUAUCGGAGACGAGUGCAACAUGGACGACGGAGAGGACGCUGAGUACCUACCAGCAAGAGGAGCGAAGGGUGACCCCAGUGUGAAGUUCUUUCAGUCACUGGUGGACUGCCUGCUAUGGAUUGCAAGAUGCACACGUCCAGACAUUUGUUUUGCGGUGCAUAAAACAAUAAGACAGACUCACAAGCCGACACUCAAGGAUUGGAAGACCGCGAAGCGCAUCAUGCGAUACCUGAAGAUGUCUAAGAAUUUAAAGCUGCACCUGGAUGGUGCUGGACAUGUUUCAGAGGAUGUGCGGGUCGAAUGCUGGAGCGAUGUCGAUUUCGCUGCGAGCAAGGCCGACCGUAAGUCAAUAUCAGGGUGUGUUCUGACUGUGGACAGUGCAGUGGUUAUGUGGCUGUGCAAGAAGCAAUCGGGUGUAUCGCUGAGCACGAUGGAGACUGAGCUUAUCUUAAUUCGCAAGCUGGUCGGGAGCUGCUUGGCAUGA